AUGUCCAGGUGCUUCGUUUUACUGCUGCUGGUAGCUGCUGUUGCAGCCACUGGGGAAAUUCGCAACGCCCAGGACGUGGACUGGACACGUGUUCGACGGUUUUACGAUCCGCAUGCAGAUGCACCAGAGCGGCGCAUCAACAAUGGCGCCAUUGCUGGCCCAACCGAUGUUCCGUGGGCUGUAGGACUGCUGAUAUCGUUGUCCUCUGGUACGAACUUCUGUGGAGGUGCCCUCAUUUCGCCAACCCAUGUGCUGACAGCGGCUUCCUGCGUCAAUGGACAAACAGCCAUUACGGCCAUGCUGGGCGCGAGUACUAUGGCUACGGCAUCCGAUUUUGUUCCAAUCUCACACGUCCGCGUACAUCCGGACUACAGUUCGUUCCUGGAUCGUGACGAUAUCGCCAUUCUGACCCUUGCCCGUGAGCCUCGCUGGAGUGAUCAUAUCCAAAUUAUCAACCUGCCGCGGCGGAUGUACAUCGGGCACUCGUUCAACAACUACGUCACCACUAUCUCCGGCUGGGGUGAAACCGGAACCAACACGGGCGAACCGCUUCCGAUGCCCAACCUCCGCUUCAUUCGCAGCCCGGUCAUCACCAAUUUCAGCUGUGGCUUGAGCUUCCUGUUGACAAACAUCCGCAACCAACACAUCUGCACGACCACCGACUCAGGAGCUCCGUGCGUUGGCGAUCAAGGUGCUCCGGUGACUGUGACCGAGAAUGGAGACACGUUUUUAAUCGGUGUUCACGUGUUUACGGCAUCGCGCUGCGAACGUGGCCGUCCUGCAGUGCAUGUCCGCCUUACGGAGUACAUGAAUUGGCUUGAACUAAACACCGACGCCAUCAUUCUGGUUCUCAUCUAUCAGCUGGCCGCUGCAGCCCCCGAGAGGUCUCUGGCUGUCGAACCGAACAGACGCAUUAACAAUGGCGCCGAGGCGGGACCGACGGAUAUACCGUUCAUUGUCGGUGUGCUUGUUACGUUUCCUUCCCGAACCUAUUUCUGUGGCGGAGCACUCAUAUCAUUCUUUCACAUUCUUUCAUCGGCCAACUGUGUCGAUGGCUACCGCACAAUCACGGUGAUGCUCGGAGCAUAUGAUAUGUCGUUGGUACAGGACUUUAUUACCGUUUCGUCGGUUCUGGUUCACCCGAACCAUAGCAGCUUCUUCGACUCAAACGAUCUUUCUAUACUGACGCUUUCUCGCAUGGUCCGACUUAGCGAUCGAGUGCAGAUUGUCAACCUUCCUACGCGUCUGUAUGUAGGUCAUUCCUUUAACAACUACGAGGCUACCAUCUCGGGCUGGGGUCAGACGGGUUCGAGUACCGGUGAGCCUGUCCCCGUUCGACGGUUACUGUAUUUCCGCGCCCGGGUAAUCACUAACACCAGCUGCUUGGUGAGCUUCCCGUUGUACUUACGCUCGAGUAACAUUUGCACAUCCACGGACACGGGUGCAGCCUGCGUAGGCGAUGAGGGAGGUCCGGUAACGGUGACGGAAAACGGCCAAACCUUCCUGAUUGGUGUGCAUUCGUACAGCUUCUCGAGAGGUUGCGAGCGUGGUUGGCCCUCCGUGCACACGCGUAUUACCGAUUACCUAGAUUGGAUCGAAAGCAACUCGGAUGCUGUUGUGGCAUAG